CAUAAGAUAAUGAAUUUACCAAUAUUAGACAAAUAUUUAAACAAACUAGUUAUAUUCAAUUAAAAUCACAAAACAUCAUUAGGAAAAGAUUAAAAAAACUUCCAAUUGUCCCUAUUCUUCAACAAUAAAACAUUAUGAGAGUGGAGGUUAAGUAAUUAUUCAACUCUAUUUGGAAGAUGAUAGCAAAAGCAAAAUGAGCAACUCGAGACUAUUUAGAAGGUAUGGUGAAUUAUGUGCUACACAUCCAUGGGAAGUGAUAGUGGCUGUAUUAACCCUGACAACAAUUUUUUUAACUGGAGACCAUCGUCACAAACCACUUAUACCUAAAGAAUCCAAGGACUGUCCAGGAUGCUACGAAGAUCAAUUUCAUGCAGCAGAUGUAAUAGUGAUGACAAUUGUAAGAUGUUUGGCCAUACUUUACACCUAUCAUCAAUUCAGAAAUCUCCACAAAAUGGGCUCCAAGUAUAUUUUAGGAUUUGCAGGGCUCUUUACUGUGUUCUCAAGUUUUGUGUUCACAUCCACUGCAAUGAAUUUCUUACAUAUCCAAUUAGUUGAUUUGAAAGACGCCCUUUUUUUCUUCCUUUUACUAAUUGAUUUAAGUAAGGCCGCUACUCUUGCUCAGUUUGCUUUAACUGCCUCAAAUCAGGAAGAAAUUACAGAACAAAUUGGCAGAGGAAUGUCUGUUCUUGGUCCAUCAAUGACCUUAAAUACAGUAGUGGAAACUCUAGUAAUUGGUGUGGGUACAUUAUCAGGUGUGCCUCGUUUAGAACGAAUAUCAUACUUUGCUUGCUUUUCUGUGAUAGUGAAUUAUGUUACACUUAUGACUUUCUAUCCAUCUUUUUUAUCUCUGAUAUUGGAAUUAACGAAAAUUACCAAUGUUUAUGGAGAAAGACGUAGUAUUGUUUCAAAAAUGUUGGAAGAAGAGAAGGAUAAAUCAAAUCCUGCUGCUCAACGGGUGAAGUUGAUAAUGUCGUUCGGAUUAUUAACCGUUCAUAUACUGAGUAGAUGGUCAAUUUUUGGUGCAGAAACUCCAUCUGAAUUCAAAAACAAGGAGAGGCUAGAAGAUUCCUCAUCGUUUUAUUCACUUAUAGUGAAACAGUUUGUAAUGAGUGCUGAUCAUAUUGUGAUCCUUAUACUUUUGAUCACUCUUAUGAUUAAAUUUAUAUUUUUCGAAUCAAGUGAUUUUGCCUACGAGAGAGUGGAUACAGGUGGUCAAACAGAAAAUUUGAGUAUAUCUCAAAGGAAAACCCCCACAGCUAGUGAAUCUCUAAGGCCUAAAAUCGAGAGACAAAGAUCUAUUUCAACUAGUAGUUCUAUGAGCUUCGAUAAGAAUGAAUUGGAAUCCGUAGAUACUUGUAGGAAUUUAGAGGUUUGCCUGCAGUUGUACAGAUCCAAAGAUGGCUCUGCUAAUUUGACUGAUAAGGAAAUAAUGCUACUAGUAGAUACCAAACAUAUACCUCCAUAUAAUUUAGAAAAGGCCUUGAACAACUUGGAGCGUGGGGUUGCUAUAAGAAGAAAGAUUUUAGAAAAGUCACUAGGUAUUUCAAAGUUUGAGAAUCUUCCAUAUAAAAAUUACGAUUAUAGCUCAGUACAGGGAAGUUGUUGUGAAAAUGUAGUGGGAUAUGUUCCUGUACCUUUAGGUGUUGCUGGCCCAUUGAAUGUAGAUGGUGAAAUGUAUUAUAUUCCAAUGGCAACUACUGAAGGAUGCUUAGUAGCAAGUACCAAUAGAGGAUGCAGAGCUGUUGAGCAUUGUGGGAUAAGAAGCACCAUAGUAGCAGACGGAAUGACUAGAGGACCUGUUGUUCGGUUUUCUUCCACAACCAAAGCUUCUGAACUGGUUAAGUGGUUAAAUAUAAAGGAAAAUUUUGAUAAUAUCAAAGCAAAGUUCGAUUCCACAAGCAGAUUUGCCAAACUCUCAAAAAUAUCUGCUAGGAUAGCUGGCAGAUAUGUGUUCCUUAGAUUCGUGGCACAAACCGGAGAUGCCAUGGGUAUGAAUAUGUUAUCUAAAGGUACUGAAAAAGCGUUAAAUUAUCUACAGGACUGCUUCAACGAUAUGGAAAUCUUGAGUUUGAGCGGUAACUACUGUACUGAUAAAAAACCAUCUUCCAUCAAUUGGAUUGAAGGUAGAGGGAAAUCUGUGGUCUGUGAAGCUGUUGUACCUGCGGAAAUCGUUUCCUCUGUAUUGAAAUGUACUACUAGUCACAUGGUAGAUUUGAAUUUAUCUAAAAACAUGAUUGGAUCUGCAAUGGCCGGCAGUAUAGGAGGUUUUAACGCACAUGCAGCUAACGUCGUAACCGCAAUUUUCAUUGCAACAGGUCAAGACCCUGCUCAAAACAUAGCAAGUAGUAAUUGUAUAACCAUAAUGGAACCUUGGGGACCUGAAGGAAAAGACUUGUAUAUUUCAUGCACAAUGCCUUCGAUUGAGAUUGGCACCAUCGGCGGAGGGACAAUUCUUCCGGCUCAGUCUUCGUGUUUAGAAAUGCUAGGAGUUAGGGGCCCCCAUCAGGAGUGCCCUGGUGAUAAUGCCAAGAAGUUGGCCAGAAUAGUAUGUGCAGCUGUUCUCGCUGGUGAAUUAUCUCUAAUGGCUGCCCUAGCUACGGGACAUCUAGUCAAAAGUCACCUUAAGUACAAUAGAUCAUGCUCUGAAAGAGACACAUGUGACCAAAGUAAAUAAAUCUUUUCCUCAAUUUCAA